UGGGACCCUUGUGCUGAAAAUCCGUUUAAAUAACUAACGAGCGAGUAAGCCUUGAUAUUCAUACUUAAACAGCCGAGGCGACACUCUCAUCAAUACGUCCUAUACUGCUGUAAAAAUUGAACAACACAAAUAGUUAGUGGACUGCUGUGUUUAUUUUCAUUCUGAGGAUAAGUUAUAGACAUCUGAGAUAAAAGUGGGUUAUGCCAGUUGAACGCAGACAGGCUUCCCACGGGGGCCAUGGUCGGCAUGAUCAUGGCGGCGGGCAUGGAUCAACGAAAGUAACCAAACGCCCAUCUUCAUCCGCGAAAAGGCGAGCAAUACCGACUCCAAACGUCGAGGAAUCAGAAACCCCCGAUUAUUCUGUAAACGAAUCAAAAGAGGAGUCCCGGGAAACGGAAGAAAAUGUUCCAACGGAAGAAGUUCCGAAUAGACUCAAUAAGGAAGAGGAAAAAGACGAAGGGGAAGAAAACGUCAGUGAAAAAGAAGACAGUGAAGAACCGGAAGUUGUGAAUGGUAAUUCUGAUGUAAAGGAAAAUGACAAGAAAUGGGCUGAGAGAUCAAAAGAUGAAGAUGGCUACAACAUUCGAUCGUUUAACGAUAACAUAUUGGAAUUCACGGAAAUAUUUGAUUCUGAUCGGUAUCGAAAUGUAGAUGAAAAUUAUCCGGUGGAGGAUCUUAUGAACGUGGUGGCGCAAAUUUCGAACACCAUCGAGGAAUUCAAGCAACAGACGCAAAACAGUCAACAGCAAUUAGAGGGUUUGCGAACGAAAAUGAAGCAAGUUAAGGAAAACAUCCAGUUUAGUGUAUCCCGAAAGGCAUUCGAAAUACGAACAGAUGAUGAUUUACAAAGCAUCGAAGAGAGAGAAUUAACAGAAAAGCUAGCGAAACUCAAUGCAGAAAUUGCUAAAGCAAACUCGGAUCUCUCGGAAGCAUUGCGCUUAUCAGCUGAAACCGAGAGCACAGCGGUCAGGGCUCAGUUAGCGGCAGAAAGGGCGAAGGAAGAGGCAAAACGAAUAGAGGAAGAGAUAGAGUUACGCGCGAAACAAGACAAGAAGAGAAAACACGAGGAAGCUAAGAAGAUGGAGGAGCUCCGAAGGCAACAAGAGGAAGAAGCCCGUAAACAGGAAGAAGAAAAAAGGGCGAAAGAAGCCGAAUGGAAAAGGCGGGAAGCUGCUGGAGUAGAGAAGGCUUCCGUGUGGGAAAGCUGGCCUGCGCAUGAAAUGCAGCUUCCAGGAGGAGGAGGUCUAGCUUGUAUCAUCCGAGGGAAGCCCAAUAGUUUUGAUGAAUCUUCUGUCACGUGUAAGGAUAUUGACCAAUUAGACAUCGAACUUACAUACGGGCCUCAGGAGGAACUUGUUGGCACAAUCAUUCAGCUGGCCCCCACAUCCGAACAGACAAAAUUACAGAAUUCCAUAUAUGUGGCCAUUCCUUUCACUUUAUCCCGUGCAAGCGUCCAUUCUCGAGAGGCCUUUGUGAAAGCGGAUAAAAACGGAGAAUGGAGAGAAAUUCCGAGUACGGAAGUGACGUAUGAAAACCACAAAGAUCUGAAAUUCGUGCAAGUUGAGAUUAAGGAAUUUAUGACGUUGGCAGUGAUGACACGAUUGAAAAGAGAUUACGUCACGUUUUCAAAGCGUUCUUCCAAGCUGACUUCAACAUGUGAUCACCGUAUCACCGUCACUGUUGCCAGGGAAACAUUCUACAGAAAAGAGCAUAUCUUAUUACAGGUACAGCCCGUGGACUCCGCCACGGUUCAUGACGUCCAGACGAGGAACGCCAGCUGUAAACACCUACUGGCCUCCAGUCCUAUCAUGCAAAUGCAGUGGGAGGCCACGGAGUUCCACAAACCGAUCGUUAUCACUCUACCAUGUCCACCAAACCCAGCAAAGGCCCGGAAAAUUGCACAAAUGCGGAAAAUAAAGGAAGAAAAAAUGAAAAACCCACAGAGAAAUAUCCCGGUUCCUCUUGACAUUCGAGAAAAAGAGGAAAACCAAGGAAAACAGAGCAAGCCGAAACCAAAAAAGAAAACUCUUCAGGAACAAUUGGCGGAAAUCAACGCUCCACCGGAAGAGGAAAAACCUAAACCGACGAAGUGGUACAUGGGAGACUACGCUCAUAAUGACGAUGAUGAAAAUGACCAUCUAUACCUUGUUGCGAGGACCGGAACCGGAAAGUGGUUUGUCGUACCGGAAGUUGAAAUAGCGCAAGUGAAGUUGGAUCUGCUGCAGUUCAGUCUUGAUAAACCUUUAGAUCAGUUCAUGGUUCUGCGCGUCCGGACCAAUACUGACGACGACCUGAUCCCCGUGAUGUCGUCUGCCAUAUUCGAGCUGCUCCAAAAGCGGUUUGUGCAAGUUGUUGUCAAACAAAGGUCAGAUAAUCCUUUUGACACACGGCUGGAGAUUGCCCCAGUCAACAAAGUCCAAAAAAUCGUCAAACAAAUGAACGAAGAUGGAUUUGAGGACGGACCGGAUCCAAGUCAGAUAGUAGGCGUUUGCGAAGGAGAUACGAUCGAAAUCCACUUCCGGGGCAAUAUUCAAAACAAUUCCAACGUGAAAACCCCGAAAUUUAUAUACAAUUCUAAUGUUAUGUCGUCAUCUUCGUUCUUUCUUUCGGAAGUUGACCAGUAUUUACAGAGAAAUUUCAAUGUUUAUCGAGGAGUAAUAGAGGUGUACAGAGCCUAUGUCAUCGUCCCUGACAGAAAGGCAAUAGCACGGAAAGAGUCGGUGUUAGACGAGAAUUCAUUCUGUGUUCGAAAGGAGAAAAAAAAGAAUUUGUUAUGUGAAAUCCCAAUGAACAUUCCCAAGUAUCAUGUGGAGCCUUCACCAAUACCCCACCAGGCACCUGUCGUCAUUCGGAACGACUCGGACCCCGUUAAUGACGACCUGAUGCGACAGCUAGCGGCAGAAAUGGGAGAAGAGUGGAGGAAAAUUGCAAUUACUUUAAACAUCAGCAAGGCACGGAUCCAAGCUAUUAUCAGAAACGCACAGAUCACAGAUUCAACGGACGAGGACGCCCGGUAUCAGAUGUUGAUCACUUGGUUGAAAAAGAUGCCCAAGUCUAUUGAUAAGGUGACGGUUUUGACAAAUGCUUUCAUGAAGAACGGUCGGCCAGAUUUGGCAGAGCGAGUUCGGAUGAAGGACGAAGCCUUUAAGCGGAAGCAGAUACAGUCUCACUGAAAGUCAAAUCAAAACGGAAACCUUAAAACGUCAGCGAUAUUUUACUCUGUGGAACCCUUAUCUGCAUUAUUUGCAGACAAUAUGAAUACUGUGAUAUAUACAUGAUUGGCAAAGUCCUUUUAUUUUGGAUCUUUAUUUUCAGGAAGAAAGUUCAUAUCGCUUUUAUUUAGUAGUAUUUAUUUAGUUUAUUGUAAAAAUGUUGAUAAUAAGUCGAUAAAUUUCGAUUGAAAGAAUUUACAAAAUAUGUUAGUUUUUAAGUUGCAAGUAGUCCAUACUUGAACACUUUUGGAUUUAGUUUGUCUAAUUCGAAAAUACCUCACGCUUCAAGCAAUUAUUAGGUAAUCACUUUUGCAAACGAUGAACAAAAUCUUAAUUUCUUCGUUAAAUGUAUGAGUCAAAUAUCACUGUUUUCUUCAUUUAACAUAUAAUAUACCUCUACAAAUUAGUUUUCAAUAGACAUUUAAUCAGCACUUGCCAACAGCAGAAUUUCGAUUACUACCGGAACAUUUUUUUUCUUCUGAAUUUACACACUACAUUUACAUGAAAACUAAGUUUUGAUAGUCCUUGAUACUUCCGGUAUAGACGAUGCAUGUACAAGUAUUUGCAGUACGAGUUCUCAAACGUAAUAUAAUACACUGGAAGGGCUGUCAAUUCAAUACCAGAAACAAGUGCAGACAAGGGAGCAGGAGUGACGGCCAUCGCCCCAGUAAUUUUUAGAAGGGGGGGGGGGUGAUAAAUCAAUGAACUUUGUGACGGAGAUAUGUGUUCGUUGGAGUAGCGAAUCUGUGAUCAGUAGAGCGGCGAGGUUUUAACGCCAUAAACAAUCGUUCAUUUUUUAACACUUUUGAAGGGCUAUAGAACUGGGAAUCUAACCAAGUGAAACAUAUCGAUAUUUUGCUAUAUUUGUACAAUUGUAUUUGCAUGAUUUAUAAUUUAAAACACAUAGAGUAAACUGCAUUGUCUGCUUUAUUCACCAUUGUGCCAUCAGGCUAAUUACAAAAAGGAAUACCAAUAAUGCAAGGAUAGGCGAGCUUAGUUGACUUCACUGCAUCGGAAACCUCACAUUCUCACGACCCCUCACCGUAGUAUAAUCCCUAAUCAAAUCAAUAGGUCUGUAGUUUUUCGCUUUUUCUUCAGAAAUAUCCAUGUUUCAAUACAGAGAAUAAUUAUUUCUGCAAUGUGUAGACUAGAUGUGUUCAAGACACCCCCCGGAGGGGAGGGGGGGGGGGGUCGUCGGCUGGAAGUAUACAAGUAGUUCCGUAUCCUGCGAACUGAGUUGUCUGCAACAACCUCACCUGGUACAUUUAGCAUGUAAAAAGUUGUCAUGUUUUGAUAAUUUUUUUUCGUUUUGAAUGAUCUUUCAAGAAACUUGAAAUUCACAGGGUUAGCAAAAUAUAAAGGAAUGUACAAAAUUCGGGUAAAAAUGGUGGUCCGGUAGUAACUCGAAACUCUCCUCUUAGAUUUUUAUAUGAAUCGCACCUCAUCAUACCAAUAAUUGACAGUUCAUGUGAUUUUUAUAUGAAUUAUCUUUUUGGUUCGCGGAACGUAUACUUGAAAUAGCAAUUCCUUAUGUAGACAAAAAUAAGUAUGUUUUACUAAGGUACAUUCUUAUUUAUUUAUUUUACUCCACGAGCGGAAAACCUUUGGUGCAAUAUAAAACGGUGAGCCAUUGUUCCUCUCAAAAAGGUCUUCCUGAUACAUUCCGGAGAAAGAAUUUCCGCGUAGAAAAUACAGUAAUACACUGUAUAACAUACUUCAAAUCUAAAAGUAUAUCGUAUAUUAGUUUCGUAGCGUUGACAUUCCUAGAUUUUUAUACAUACAUUAUGAUUUAUGUUGUGCGUGAUUAAUCCGCACUGUGAUAUCUAAAGAUGAAUUCUUACAUUGGUCGGCGGACAUCAAUUUACAUACUUAGUUCGUCUGCUGAAGUCAUUUUAUUUUACGUUGCAGAUAUCAAGUUUUAUAUUGUUGAUAUCAGGUUUGCACUACUGAUAUCAAGUUGACAUUGCUGAUAUUCUGUGUACAUAUUUACACUGCAGAUAUAAAUUUAUACACAGUUGGUGAUUUACUGCUACAUGUUUACACUGCAGAUAUCAAUUGUUACACGUGAUAUCCCUUUUGUACACUGAUGAUGUCAUCGCAUGUUACUAGAGACAGCGCUGAUUAUACAUUCUGUAUCCGUCCAUUUUAUAGCAGCACUCUCACUGAAAUAAAUCUGUAGAUAAUUUAA